AAGGGGAUCCGACUCCGUGGGAUGGGAGGCCCACAGAGGCUGAGUCACCUCUUCUGAGUCAGGGAUCCUCCUCCUUCUUCUCCCCUCCCCCUCCCUCUCUCCCUGAGCCCCCACCAGGGCUUGGCCCGGAGAGCCCGCGAGCGAUCGGUCGAGAAGGCCGUCCGUCCGUCCGUCCGUCCAGGGCCCGGGUGGAGACGGCCACCUCGUCCCGCUGUGGACCUCGGGUGGCGGGGACGGGAGAAAGGGCGGGGGAGGCAAGGCAGGCAGGCGAGGAGGCGGAGGCAGGGGCUGGGCGCCGCUAGCGAGGAGGCAGGCUCGCGGCCGCCCCUGGGCUGGGCACGGAGGCCGUGGCGGGGGCGGGCCGCGCGGCGGGCGCCAGGCCCGGGGCUGUGGGCACGGUGCCCAGCCCCCGGCGCACGCCGACCGCCGCGGCUGCCGCCGCUGCUGCAGUCGGCAUCCAUCAGCAGGCGGGGGUGUCGCGGAACAGGCUGCUCCGCAGAGCCCGCCCGCGCCGCCCCGCCCCGCGGCCUGCGGGCCCGGAGGAGUCGAGGGGAUCGGCCCUCGCCCAGCCGGCCCAAGAUGGGGACCCCCAGGCCCAGGCGUGCUGGUCACCAUGACAACAGAGACAGGCCCGGAUUCUGAGGUGAAGAAGGCUCAGGAGGAGACUCCACAGCAGCCUGAGGCUGCUGCAGCUGUGACCACCCCAGUGACCCCUGCAGGCCACAGCCACCCAGAGACCAACUCCAAUGAGAAGCAUCUGCCCCAGCAGGACACAAGGCCUGCUGAACAGAGCCUAGAUAUGGAGGAUAAGGACUAUUGUGAGGCCGAUGGCCUGUCGGAGAGGACUACGCCCAGCAAGGCCCAGAAGUCACCCCAGAAGAUUGCCAAGAAGUUCAAGAGUGCCAUCUGCCGAGUCACUCUGCUUGAUGCCUCUGAGUACGAGUGUGAGGUGGAGAAGCACGGCCGCGGCCAGGUGCUGUUUGACCUGGUCUGUGAGCACCUCAACCUCCUGGAGAAGGACUACUUCGGUCUGACCUUCUCGGAUGCCGACAGCCAGAAGAACUGGCUGGACCCUUCCAAGGAAAUCAAGAAGCAGAUCCGGAGCAGUCCCUGGAAUUUUGCCUUCACAGUCAAGUUCUACCCUCCUGACCCGGCCCAGCUGACAGAAGACAUCACUAGGUAUUACCUGUGCCUGCAGCUGAGGGCAGACAUCAUCACAGGCCGGCUGCCCUGCUCCUUUGUCACGCAUGCCCUGCUGGGCUCCUAUGCUGUGCAGGCUGAGCUGGGAGACUAUGACGCAGAAGAGCACAUGGGCAACUAUGUCAGUGAGCUGCACUUUGCCCCAAACCAGACCCGGGAGCUGGAGGAGAGGAUCAUGGAGCUGCACAAGACAUACAGGGGCAUGACCCCGGGAGAGGCGGAGAUCCACUUCCUGGAGAACGCCAAGAAGCUGUCCAUGUAUGGGGUUGAUCUGCACCACGCUAAGGACUCUGAGGGGAUCGAUAUCAUGCUGGGUGUCUGUGCCAACGGCCUGCUCAUCUACCGGGAUCGUCUGAGAAUCAACCGUUUUGCCUGGCCCAAGAUCCUCAAGAUCUCCUACAAGAGGAGUAACUUCUACAUCAAGAUCCGGCCUGGGGAGUACGAACAAUUUGAGAGCACUAUUGGCUUCAAGCUCCCUAACCACCGCUCAGCCAAGCGCCUGUGGAAGGUCUGCAUUGAGCACCACACAUUCUUCCGGCUGGUGUCCCCAGAGCCCCCACCCAAGGGCUUUCUGGUGAUGGGCUCCAAGUUCCGGUACAGCGGAAGGACCCAGGCACAGACCCGACAAGCCAGCGCCCUCAUCGACCGGCCGGCCCCCUUCUUUGAGCGUUCCUCCAGCAAGCGAUACACCAUGUCCCGCAGCCUAGAUGGAGCGGAGUUCUCCCGCCCCGCCUCAGUCAGUGAGAACCAUGAUGCGGGGCCCGAUGGUGACAAGCGGGAAGACGAUGCUGAGUCAGGGGGACGGCGAUCAGAGGCCGAAGAAGGCGAGCUCAGGACCCCCACCAAGAUCAAGGAGCUGAAGCCGGAGCAGGAAACCACGCCAAGACACAAGCAGGAGUUCUUGGACAAGCCAGAGGAUGUCCUACUGAAGCACCAGGCCAGCAUCAACGAGCUCAAGAGGGCCCUGAAGGAACCCAACAGCAAACUCAUCCACCGGGAGCGCGAUCGGGAGCGCAGGCUGCCCUCGUCGCCCGCCUCCCCCUCCCCCAAGGGCACCCCUGAGAAAGCCAGUGAGACCCAGAGGACCCAGGACACUUCUCAGCAGGACUUGGUGCCUGGAAGAGCAGCAGGCUUGGAGGUGUUCACUCAGAAAAGCCUCGCAGCAUCUCCUGAGGGUUCAGAGCACUGGGUAUUUAUAGACAGAGUACACGCUAGGCCAGAAGAACUUGGCCUCCUAACAGUGGCCAGCACACAACGGGAAGAAAGUGAGGCAGGCCUCGCUGAGAUCCUUGCUGAUGGCAGACUCUCCAAGGUAGACAUUCUGGUGGACAAGUUCAAAGUUGAAGUGGCCACGGAAGAAACAGUGGGAGCCAGAAGGGCAAGCACUCAGCAGCCAAGGAGGAUGGUUGCAAGUCCAGAAGUCUUUGAGACAAUGAGAGAGGAAGUCCUGUGCACCCAGGGAGGCCCCAGAGAGGCUGCCCAGGCUGCAGGCUGCACAUCACCAGACAGGCUUCUUGAGGGCUCCAAGCUCGAGAUCAGGAACCGCCGCCGCAUCUCCGAGGGUCAGCUGGAGAGCCCAGCAGAGCGGAGCCAGGGGCUGGAGGGGCUCCAGACUUGGCAGAGACCUACAACUGCGGGAGUCGGGUCAGGGCUAGGAGAAGUUCUCUCUCCUGAGUCAGACAAGGGGGGACUCCAGUCCUUCCUGUUGGAUCCGGCCCAGGCAGAAGCCAGGGCUGACUCCAGCGACGAGACUGACACCUCCUUCGCAGAGAGGAGCUUCUAUCUAAACGACGGCGAGAAAGACUCCCAAGACCAAGUCCCUCCCCUACCCUCAGAGGACAGAGAAGAGCGCCUGGAUGCCCCUCCUGGAGAUGGGCCCUGGCCAGAGCUGGCGGGGGAGCGCACAGAACACUGGGAGCUGAAGUCCUCAGCCCCAAGGGGUUCUUCUGCCCCAGGUUCCAGCCGGAAUAAAGAUGAAACCCAUAUGACUUCCUCACAGGAAGAAGUCUGGUCCCCUAGGGACCAUGGGAGGCCUGGUGAGCUGCAGGGAGCUGCUGUGGGACAGACUUUUGCAGACUGGGAAGAAACACAGCAAAGGCUGGAAGGAGAGUUGACCUACCCAACGGCCAGGGCAGCUGAAGACGAGCAGGCCGCCAUGAGUAUAGAGUGGAGGGGAAAGACUGAGGAAAGUCCCCCCCCAGCAGGAUGGAGGAAGCAGCCCCCUGGGGGAGGGGGAGGGGUACACCUCGAUGCCCAGGCCUGUGCCCUUCUGAGGACCAUUCCUCCUCAUGUUAGGAAGCCAGUCAGGCCAAACCAAGGCGGCCUUCUGCCCAAAGAGAAGAGGGCAAUUUCCACUCAGGCUGUAGAACCUAAGACAGAGGACAUGGAGGCAGUCAUCCCCUUGCCAGCAGCUGUGGAGGACACUUCUCAAAGCCCGGUCUCUCCUGGGCCAGGGAAGCCUUCGGAGUUCUGGGAUCCCUUUGGAGAUCAGGUCCCCAUAGUUCUCAAACACACCCAUCUUCCCGAAGAGAGCGCCGUGCCCAAGGACACACGAGGUGAACGCAAAGCACCCCCCGUGGCCAGCAAGAAACCCAGAGCUGUCCCUGUAGGAGCUGAGGGACCUGCCCUCCCGGGGUUUGUGUUCCCUUCAGAAAAGCAAAAGGAGACUUCACUCUGGGCUGGGGACCAAGGGGGUUCCCAGGAAGAUGUUAGCAAGACCUCAGUGGCUAACAAAAUCCGGAUAUUUGAGACCCACGGAGCUGAGACUCGCCGAGCCAGUCAGGGUGAACUGAGGGCCCUUGCACAUGAGCUGCCUUCGGAGGCUUCCCCGGGGCAGGUAGAACAUCAGCGAAGUAGGCUGCUCGACUUGGGCUUUGGCCAACUCCAGCCCCCUGGGGACCUGGCCAGCCCCAGAGUCACACACUCUUCUGCCAUGCCUCUGGCUACCCAGCACUCUGGGGAGGGCACCUCCACUACCUCCCCCCAGGAAAGAUGCACAGAACCAGAGCCCGCGUCCCCUGAUUCAGGCUGUGAAACCACGCUGGAGGAAGCCACCGGGAACAAAUCCGGAGAUGCGGGCAGGGAAGAGAAGAGUUUCUUCAGCCGCUUAGCACCCAACGCCCCUGGGAAGGGGGGGCGCCUGAGAUUCGCCAGCCCUCCGGGCCCUCAGAGAGCAGGGCUGAGGGAGGGCUCGGAGGAGAAAGGCAAGCCACCACGUCCUCGUGCCCCAGAGAGUGACACAGGAGAUGAGGACCAGGACCAGGAGAGGGAUGCGGUAUUCUUGAAGGACAACCACCUGGCCAUCGAACGCAAGUGCUCCAGCAUAACGGUCAGCUCCACAUCCAGCCUGGAGGCUGAGGUGGACUUCACGGUUAUUGGCGACUACCACGGCAGCGCCUUUGAAGACUUCUCCAGAAGCCUGCCUGAGCUGGACCGUGAUAAGAGCGACUCGGAGACGGAAGGCCUGGUGUUCGCCCGGGAUCUCAAGGGACCGUCCAGCCAAGAGGAUGAGUCUGGGGGCAUCGAGGACAGCCCAGACCGAGGGGCCUGCUCCACUCCAGAAAUGCCCCAGUUUGAGUCCGUGAAAGCAGAAACCAUGACUGUCAGCAGUCUGGCAAUCAGGAAGAAGAUCGAGCCAGAGGCCAUGCUGCAGAGCAGAGUCUCCGCUGCGGACAGCACCCAGGUUGACGGGAGUGCCCCAGUGGGGAAGGACUUCAUGACGACUCCCCCCUGCAUCACCACAGAGACCAUCUCCACCACCAUGGAGAACAGUCUCAAGUCCGGGAAGGGGGCAGCUGCCAUGAUCCCAGGCCCACAGACGGUGGCCACGGAAAUCCGUUCUCUUUCACCGAUCAUCGGGAAAGAUGUCCUCACCAGCACCUACGGCGCCACUGCGGAAACUCUCUCAACCUCCACCACCACCCAUGUCACCAAAACUGUGAAGGGAGGGUUUUCUGAGACAAGGAUCGAGAAGCGAAUCAUCAUUACCGGGGAUGAAGAUGUCGAUCAAGACCAGGCCCUGGCUUUGGCCAUCAAGGAAGCCAAACUGCAGCAUCCAGACAUGCUGGUAACCAAAGCUGUUGUCUACAGAGAAACAGACCCAUCCCCGGAGGAGAGGGACAAGAAGCCACAGGAAUCCUGACCUCCGUGAAGAGAUGCUGGCGUGUCUGGUCCAACCCAAGCCAGAGAACCAUUAAGAAGGGGCCUUCGUUCUGGAUUCUCCGACAACACCAACAUCCCAGCUGCGACGUACUGUCACUGAUGAGAGACUGGGAAGGGAAAGCAUAUAUAUAUAGAUAUAUAUAGAUAUAGAUAUAUAUACAGGAAACACCGCGUCCGUGCGCGGCUGCUGGGCUGGCGGAGCAGCCAGCCGACGGCAACAGCCAACAUCUGCAACAACCUUCAUUUCCUUUGCAGACAAAUCGAAUUGGUGGAAUUUUUUUUUCCAGGAAAAUAUGUAACAAUCAUAAUCUCCCGCCCCCCCCCUUUCUCCUGCCAAACUACAAAAGCAGACCAUGAUGAUUGUAGAUGUCCCCGUGAGCCCCGGCUGCACACACUCCAGGAUGGGCGGGCACCCCAUUUGUUCUCCAGCCUCUGUUGCUCCUUCUAAUGCAAAGGAAGAAGAAGAAGAAAAAAAAAAUAAUAAGAUCACGUAGCCAAGCAAGAGAAGUCAGAGCAGCAAGUCAUGCACAGUCAACUGUUUGCCAAGAAAGGAAGAAUGGAAGUCUCCCACUCGGAGGGGGAGGGGAGGACCACUCAGUUGUGAUCUUCUGGGUCUUGACCCUGGGCUGUGAAAUCCUCUGUUCUGCCUCCCGCUUCACCCUUGACUCCUGCUCAUCUUGUCUCCAUUUUCUGUCUCAGCUCCCUCCUGCCUCUCUCCCCUCCUCUUCUGUGUCCUGGUCCUGUGAGGGCCACUGCAGAUGACUCUCAAUGGCAGAAAAAGAGACUGCAAGAGCAACAGGAAGCCAUGGGAAGGGAAGUAGACGUUGUAUGUUUCCAGUUUCUCAUGACGGAGGUGCAGCUCGUAGGAGAUUGUAUGACUGUGAUUUUAAGUUAUGUAUAUUACAUGUAACAGGAAACAAAUAUUAAAAUAAACUGUGCUGGUAAGUAUGCAGCUGACAUUUUCAAGUUAUAAUUACCUGACUGUGAUGUAUCCCAAGGUUCCUAGAUCUUGCCAAACUGGCCCAGCCAAGGACACUGGACUCUGGGUGUGGCCGGCUCCCAGUAGGGCUGACAGAUUCAGUGUAGUGAAACUGUGUGUGGUGUUUGUAACUGGGUGAUUGGUGGGGAGACUGGGGGGCCCUCCGUGGAGAGGUGAGGGUUCAGCCGGAAGGAAGCAGCACAGAUGUAGUCCCGAACAUGCCAGGCCGAGAUGCCUUCUCCCCCAGCAGUAGCCGUCCGGGGCCUGGUCUGUGCUCAGGACUCUGCUGCUGAGGUCAUAGGUCAGUCCUACCUCCAGGGGCUUGCCUUGGUUUUCAGUCCUCUCUUUCUGUUGUACUAUUACCAGGGUCUGUUUUGGUUUGUAUUCCGCCAUGUCUUACCCCGCUCUUCACGCCUCGUCACAGUCAGCCCCUUCUCCUAAGGGAGGUGGUGCCCUGACUGAGGUAGAAAGCAGCGACUCUUCUUACCUGGUUUUCUGAAAUGCCCAGUCAGUCUUCCCCCCCUGCCUCUUCCAUCCUAUGACUCAUUCUCUUCUUCCUGAGCUAAAGUAGCCAUGAUAAAGAGGCCAGGAACACAGGGAAGGCCAGGAUAGGCCCAUACUGCAUUUCCAAAGGCCUCCCCUAUCCCAGAACAGUAGCAGGUAUGAGGAAGUGUUGCCCACUGGCUCCUUCUGCCUUAGACCCUGGCUUGCAAGGCUUCUGUCAGUCGGUAUCCAAGUUCGGAAACGGCCUUGAGAUGACAGGAGCCUCUGGAGAAGGCCCACCACAAGCUUGGCAUUGCGCGCUGGCCUAUGCAGGCUUCUGGCCUGCUCGCCACCAGCAGGGUCCCUCUCUGAGCGACAGUGUCCUACAGCAAUCCCCUUUUCACUCCCCAGUCCUGCUAAGGCAGUUGGUGUAUUUAUUCAGCAAAUGUUUAUGAGUUGCCUGUUGGUGCCAUGCUCUGUUUUCAAGGUGGAAGGAGACGCGUUAAAGGGGGCGGGGCACUGGGGAGCCACCGGACAAGCCUGUCCUUAUCCAUAGCUGGCUCAUGUCAGAACACUUCUCCACUCUCUCCAUCGGCUUGUCUCUCAAAGGGCCCGGUUAGAUGUGCCCUCCUGGCCUGCUUAUUAGUUACUCCCACGAUGUACACCUUACCUACUUUCAGGUGCUGGCCUGACGCAGGGCAAGAAGCUAGAAUGCUUUUCUCUCUGUGGCAGUUGAGAAGCAGAGCCAGGCUCUCAGAGAGCAGCGUUAGCCAUAUGUCCCUGGUGCAGGCUGGUAGGCCCACUGCACUCCAGUGUGACAGAGCAUUUUCUCUGCUCCGGGGUCUUUGUCCAUUCUUGAUGGAGAAGCCACAGAACCUCCCGCCCACCCUUUCCAACAUGCAAGCUCCUGCUGCUUCUGAGCCAAGGGCAGGAACGGCUCUAUCCCCUUGGAAUCGGGCUCAGGCCUCACCUGCCUCUGCAGGGACUCCAGGGCCUGCACACACUGGACACACAUACCUCAGAGGGAGGAUCUUUGUUCCCGGGGUUGUACCUGCCCUCAAUGUGGGCUACGGGGCAAGGAUGAAAUGACCCAGCUUAGCUUGUGGGAUGUUAGAAUUUGAGGAGAUACUCACUCCAUGCAUGUUCUGACCUCCCCUCCCCACCCCCCAGAGAGGCAGUCAGCACCCUGCCCGGGGAGGAGGGAACCUGCAAAGCUAAAAUCUAGGGCACUGUUUCCUCCUCAGCCUCCACUCCGUAGAGAAUAUGGACGUUGUCUUGUGUGUCUUCAACCUAUUUUUUUCCUCUUUGCUUUUUUUUUUUGUAUGUGUGUCUCAUCUUUGCUGUGGCAUCUCUCUAUCCAGGAGGCCAGGUAACCGAGUGGGAAACACCUCAGAGAGCAGUCAGAGUUCUGGGUGAGCAUUUAGAUGCAGCUCCUAACUCACCAGGUGGCAUGGGCUACUCCAUCCCACUUAACUAACCGAGCAGGGCGAACUAGUUGCACCCUGAGCCUUUGCCCCACUCGGCGUCUCGCGCCCCUUUAUUUUCCCCGCCUUUGCUUUCUGUGGAUCUUUUCCAUGUGAGGGUACAGGAAGUGCCAGGACCUGUUUCCGUUUUUGAAUCCUGCAAGCACAUACCAAGACUGGCCUGAGACUGCAUGAGCAACAUCACUCUAAAUAUAUAUAUUUUUUUUUCAAAAGCACCUUACCAACCAACUGCAAUGCUGUCCUGUUCCUUUUUACCCCCCUCUUGUCCCCACGCCUCCCCCACCAGUGCUCCGUGCUGUAUGCGUGUGCUCUCUGUUCUUGUAUACUCAAUAAAAGUGAAAUAAAUGUGUUUGAUGCUGAA